AUGCGAUCUCUGUACAGCGUUUUAAGUCCCCUGCUUCUCCUUAUUAUUUUCGGAUUUUAUCCGUCAAUGACCAUUGGGCCAAAGGAGGGUUGGCAAGUGUACAGUUCAGCACAGGAUGCAGAUGGGCGCUGUAUCUGCACCGUGGUAGCACCAGAGCAAAACCUCUGCUCCAGAGAUGCAAAGAGCAGACAGCUCCGCCAGCUACUGGAAAAGGUCCAAAACAUGUCCCAGUCUAUCGAGGUCCUAAACCUACGUACGCAGAGAGACUUCCAGUAUGUCAUGAAGAUGGAGAAUCAAAUGAAAGGCCUAAGGACAAAGUUCAGACAGAUAGAGGAGGACAGAAAAACUAUCAUGGCCAGAAAUUUCAAGGAGUUGAAGGACAAGAUGGAUGAAUUACAACCAUUGAUCCCAGUGCUUGAGCAGUACAAAACAGAUGCUAAGCUCAUCUCACAAUUCAAAGAAGAGAUCAGAAACCUGUCUGCAGUGCUGACCACCAUCCAGGAGGAGCUGGGAGCUUAUGACUAUGACCAGCUUUACCAGAGAGUCAUUAGCCUGGACAGCCGACUCCGCAACUGCAUGAACAAACUCACAUGUGGAAAAUUAAUGAAAAUCACCGGGCCUGUGACUAUAAAGACGUCUGGGACCCGAUUUGGUGCAUGGAUGACUGACCCACUGGCAUCUCAGAGAAACAACAGAGUGUGGUACAUGGACACGUACACCAAUAGCAAAGUGGUGCGGGAGUACAAAUCUAUGGAAGACUUCAUAUCUGGACUUGAAUCGCGAACCUACUACCUUCCCUUCAAAUGGGCGGGGACAAACCACGUGGUGUACAACGGCUCCUUAUACUACAACAAGGAGCAAAGCAACAUCAUCGUCAAGUACAGCUUUGAGACUGGUCGGGUUCUGGCCCAGAGGGCACUGGAGUACGCUGGCUUUCACAACGUCUAUCCUUACACCUGGGGGGGCUUCUCCGACAUUGAUCUAAUGGCUGACGAGCUGGGUCUGUGGGCCGUCUACGCCACCAAUCAAAACGCAGGAAACAUUGUUAUUUCACAGCUGGAGCCGCAAACCCUGGAAGUGCUGCAGACGUGGAACACGGAAUAUUCCAAGAGGAAUGCCGGCGAGUCGUUCAUGAUCUGUGGAACACUUUACAUCACCAACUCUCAUCUGACCGGUGCCAAAGUCUACUAUUCCUACAACACCAAGACCUCCACUUACGAGUACAUGGAUAUCCCUUUCCACAACCAGUACUUUCACAUCUCCAUGCUUGACUACAAUGCCCGGGAGAGGGCCCUGUAUGCCUGGAAUAACGGUCACCAGGUCAUCUUUAACGUCACGCUAUUCCACGUCAUUAAAACGGAGGACGACUCGUAA